AUGUAUUCUGAUGAGGACUACUUGCCGACGAUAGACGCGAUUUUGAAAGUUUCAGAUCUUUCGCAGGUGUCGGUGAAAAGAAUACGGCGGGCGCUGGAAGCGCUGUUCGACGUUGAUCUCACUGAGCAGAAAAAGAGGAUCAACCAGUUAAUAUGGACCCGAUACGAGCAUUUUCUGGAACUAAGCGAGAACGGCAGCGAGGAAACGGAAACCAAAAUCAAAAGACUCGAGAAGGAGAACAGGGAGAUGGCCGCGCGGCUGAACCAGCUUCUCAAGAAGAAAGACGUCCACAAGGUGAAGAAAAAAGCGCGCAAGAGCACUCCUCAGGAAGCGUCUGCAAGCACUUCCAACCCGUUCACGAGAGGAGUGCUGCCCAGCGAGACUCUUGCGACGUUUCUGGGGUCGUCGGAACCUAUAGCCCGCACACAGGUGGUGAAGAGGAUAUGGGACUAUGUGAAGGCGAACGAACUGCAAAAUCCAGAUGACAGACGGGAGAUCCUGUGCGACGACAAGUUGCGGCCGGUUUUCGGCGAUAAGGUCAACAUGUUCACGAUGAACAAGGUGCUUGCCAAGCAUUUAUUCAAUGUCGAGGACAUUGUGCAAACGGCGGAAUAG